AUGGCUUCAACGAAAUUGCUACUCUUCAGUGCCAUGUUGGCCAUUAUGGCCUCCGGGUGCUCAGCUGGUUUCCUGGACUUUAUCUUUCCUACGAUUAUGACGGAAUACUACCAGCAGGUGCCCACCAAGGAGGGUUACCGUUUCAACCUGGAGGAGCCCAAUGGCAGCAAACGCGAGGAGAUCGGCGUCAUUAUGAAUCCCGGCACCGAUAAAGAGGAACUGGUGGUGAUGGGUUCCUACUCCUCGUACGAUGAUAAGACUGAUACCGAGACUAUAACCAUGUACACAGCCGAUAAAAAUGGCUACAAGCCACGCUAUAAAAUUAGGAACCGCAAACUAAAUGCCCAGACUCUCAAGACCCUUACGCUUUAA